AUGUUAAAAUCACACUUUAAUCUACAGCAAGAUAAUGAGAAAGAAGCGGAGGAGACUCCAGAUCGCAAAAAGAAUGAAGAGAUCGAACUGCUGGCUGAGGAGUUAGAACACGAACAACUAGAAGAAGAUACUGGCAAAGAAAUUAUACCAAGUUUCCCAGAAAGAAUACUCAAAAGAUCAGAGAUUAGCAUACGACUUAGUCUACUAGGAAAAACUGCUGAAGGAGAUGGGUACACAUAUCUUAAAGCAACUUGCACCGGCAUGGGUCUAACAGACAUCACAGCUGUAAAAUCAUUCCAACACCUACAGUUCCUCGAUGUAUCGAACAACAACUUGAAUUUGGCCAGUCUACAAGUUAUCACGGAACUGCCAUAUCUGGUAUUAAUACACGCGGACAAAAACCAACUCUAUUCCGCGGCAUUAAAGACUAUGAAGUACGUGCAAGUUAUUAUAAUGAAUAACAACAACAUAUCUACAGUAUGGGACGUGUACCAACCGGAAUUAUCCACUUUGGAAGUCGGAUAUAAUAAAAUAAAAACCAUUAGAUUCGAAGGAAACAUGCCAGAAAUAAAAUGCUUGGAUUUCCGAUAUAAUCUCAUAGACGACAUUUCGAAUCUGAACUUUCCGAAUUUGGACAGCCUGUAUUUGGCUGGAAAUAAAAUUCAAAGUCUCAUAGGUAUAGAGAGAUUGACCAAUUUACGAAUACUGCACUUAAGGAAUAAUCCCAUAAAACUUUUGUACGGUUUUGAGGAGAGCAUGAAGAAAUUGCAGUACCUAAAUCUGAGAAACUGCAAAGUGUCAACAUUGAAGCAAAUUAAGAAACUGCGGGUGCUAGAAUCAUUGACAACAUUAGUGAUAAAAGGUUGUCCUUUCAUGGGAGGAACUGGUACAGAGGAUGCAGAGGUUGGACCCGAGGAAGAAGAUCCAGAAUUAAGGAUCGAGGUCCUUGCAUCGCUGCCAAGACUGAAACGUCUUAAUAAAGGAGUAGUUUCCCCCGAAGAAAAAGAGGAAGCAAAAGAGCUGAUGAAACAGUGGCUCGAAGAAGGUGAAAACGAUGAAGAGGAAAUGCAAGAAGAACAAAACGAUGAAGACUCUAACGCUGAUUAA